AUGCCGUUUCCCACACCCACCAGUCCUGAAUUUCAACAAGAUUGCAAGGAGGGAAUUGAUAGUGUUGUUGGAAAGGAGAAGGGUGGUCAAAAAGAGGAGGAUUUGUUGGAGAGUGGCUCUAUUGCGUGCACCAUUGAAGGUUCAUACGGGGAUGCCUCGCAAGAAGUCCAGAGUCAAUUGCCACGGAGAGGCUUCCCAGAAGCUCCAGAAAACAACCACAAUUUCUCUGAAGCUCAAUUCCUUGGCGAUUUUUUCAACCUCGCUGAAACAAUCAUCUUCAAGGAGGACCCUGACGACGAGGUCUUAUCAGACGACCAUUUCGAAGGCACAGUGAACCCUGAUUUAUCCUCAGACAUUGAACCACCACAAGCACCUGAAGACUACGAAAAUGAGCAGAUUCUGCUUCUUGAGGCUUUGCUGGAAUCAGCUCAACCUCUGCCUCAAACCCAGCACCAUUUCGAGCCAGUUCAUCCUGCCUGGAUUGAUGUUCUGGAAUGGGAGGCCUUGGAAAUGAGUAUCGGCUUUGCAAAUCAUCCGGACGUUUUUGAUUUGUCAGAUGUUGAAACAGACAGCUCUCUGGAGAUCUUUCUUGACGAGGAAGAAUACAGUGCCCGUAUGGCUGAGAUUCUUUCACAAAGUGAACAAUCCGACGGCAGUAAUUCCGACAUUCCCCAGGCAAUCUACCUUCUUCAGCAGUUUGGAAAAGUUUUGGUUUUUUUUGACAGGAUCUUUCAACGCAUCGUUAAGCUGUGGAUUGUGAAGCUUCUUGUGACUGUCUUUCAAAAGCUCCGUGUUUUGGAAAACCUAGCAUGGUUAGGUACCAAGGCUCGAGGCAUUUUUCGAAUCCUCAAAGCACCUGUUGAUCUUUGCGUGCAUGCCUUGACAUUGACCUUACCUUCUGUGGAAGCUUUCAUUGGAAGUUUUCAUGAGAAGCCCUUUUUGGGUAUCAAAGGGCUUCGUCCUACUCACAGCAAACUUCGCCUCAAAUCCCCAGCUAGUGCGUUGCUUGGUGCUGUCAAGAGGAAUACCUUGAAAAGUAUGACUUCUAGAGCACGUGUUCCACAGCGGUCGGGCGCCCAUAACAACACCUCCAACGGCUUCUACGGGUCUGGUGUACCCCAGAACGACGUUUCGUCCGCGCAAAACGGUGGCCGAAUGCCCAAUCCAGCCCUGGUCCACGCUGAUCCACUUUCAUCGUCGAUUCCGAUCCCACAGAGAGAGCUGCUCUCGUCCCUGGCUCUGCCCUUGGCCACCGACGCCAACACGGGCUCUCUUCCGGUGCCGCAAGACGCCCCUAUAGCGCUCUCCAUGCUGCCUUCGGGAAUCGACCAUUUGGGUUUGAGUCCAAGCAAUAGACCUCCUAGCGGCUCCAACGGCAUGCCGGGCCGCCGUGUCCGCCUGGGCCUGCUAUUUCUGACAAUGCUGAUCUGGAACGACGACGCCGUGUCGCUCAGCCCGGGCCACCUGGGCCUGAGCUUCUUGGACUACGAUACAACCAACCUGGGCCUGGCUCAGUUCAUCAGUCCGACCUUGGGAGCACAGCCGUCCUCGCUUGACGCCAGCUUCCUCUCUAAUCCCACCAGAAACCGCUCCCACACCACCAGCGGCGCCCACCCGGGCCAGUUAUCCGAGCCCCCGGUGCCUCUGCCCUUUGUGUCGAGCGAAAAGCCCGUGCUUUUCGAUAAUCUCAUGCUUAAUAUCCCCGACGGCGCCGGAAUCACCCGAAACCGCUCGCAGACCUACUCAGGCGUGGCCUCCAACCUCCCAGACCUCUCCAACCCCAUAAUGCUUCUCCAGCAGGGUCAGGCCCGUCCUUCUAAUCAGCAUCCUAAUCCGCCUUCCGCUCUGCAUUACCGUCCCCACCACGACACCGUCUCGUCUGCCGUGUACCAGCCGAUCUUGGAGAACGACUUUAAUUUUGCCCUGGUGGUGGUGACAACCAAUUUUGAAAACCCCAGCUUGGGUCCUACUCUGACGCUUCUUUUGGAUAAUGUACCUCAGUUCAUGGACGCUGCGAAGUUGUGGCACCUCAUUGCCAGCUUCCCUGGCGCUGUGGGAAAUCCUUUGCAUGGCAGAGGUGUCAUUAGCAUCAGAAUGAGCACCACAAGCACUUCCAAGUUGGCCUUGGUCGAGUGUGCUACCAUCGAGGUUGCCAUGAAUUUGAAGGCUAAUUUUAACCAUUUGGAGCUCGUCCCAGGCCACAUCUUGUACGUUGCUUUUGCUAAACUCUCCGAAAGACCACUCAGCCAGAGCUUCAAGCUGAACGGCUCUCCUUACAAGGCGGAAUCCAGCAACGCCUCGCUCAAGUCCAACUCCGGCAGUUUGAACAAACCUCAAAGUAGAGCCGCUAAGCUCCGUCCUCAGGGUUCCACUGAAGUUGAUCUUCCUGCUAUUCAGGAUGACUUGAUCCACUUGGUAUCGACCUUGUCGAUGUUGGAUUCAGUCAACAUCAACCGCGUGAAGUUGCUUUUGAAGCACACAAUGGCUUUUCCAAAGGAAAAGUACGAGAGCAACUUUGGGCCAUUGCCUGAUCCCAUCCCCAUGCGCCAGUUUGACUCGCCCAAAUUGAGAGAAUUGCGUAAGAUCUUUGAAGCUACUGAAAAGGCGAACUCUGACAGUCCAAGCAAGGCUGAAUCGCCAGACUCUGAACCUGAAACCAUUUCUCAGCCGGAAUUAGAGGCUUUGUGUCUUGCUAUGUUGGACGAGUUGCCAGAAUUGUGCUACGAUCAUAUCGGAAACACCAUCGUCCAGAAGUUGUUCACUUUGGUGGAGUCGCCUUUGAUCAAGUUGAUGAUGGUCAAGGAGCUUGCUCCUUACUUGACCCAGUUUAGUAUCCAUAAGAACGGUACCUGGGCCAUUCAGAAGAUCAUCAACUUGUGCCACAAUGACUUCACUCAGAUGACCAUCAUUGCUGAAAGCUUGAAGCCAUACACAGUCAAGUUGUUCAAUGACCAGUUUGGUAAUUACGUUGUUCAAUGCUGUCUCAAGUUCGGUUCGCCUUACAACGACUUCAUCUUUGAAACCAUGAUCGACAACUUCUUGGAGAUCUCUUUCGGAAGGUUCGGCGCUCGUUGCAUCCGUACCAUCCUUGAAACUGCUAGUGACACCAAAUCUGCAAACAAGGGAUACGUCUCGAACGAGCAAAUGUUCUUAGUUGCAAGUAUGAUUGUCGAGUUCGCCAAUGAGUUGGUGGUCAACAACAACGGCUCUUUGCUCAUUACUUGGUUCUUGGAGACAUUCAAUGGCUGCAAGGGGUUGAAACACGACUACCGCUACGAGUUGUUGUGUGACAAGUUCUUGCCACACUUGGGGCACUUGUGCACUCAUAAGUUGGCAAACUUGACCAUUUUCAACAUCUUGAACAACCGUAACGAUAUGGCUGUGAGACAGAAGAUCAUGAGUGAGAUCUUUGGACACUUCAACGAGCACGAUCUUGAAGAGAUGAGCGCCCGUCCGCCUACUGUUCUUUUGGAGACCAUUUUGGCUGAAAACCAGGAACAGAGCACCGGCCCACUUUUCAUCUACAAGAUCGUCUCGAACCCUAUGCUUAUGAACAUUGGAAACGAGCUCAGCAAUGCAAGAUACAAACAGUACAUCAUUGGCCAGGUGAAGAGGGUUCUUUUGGAGAUUCAGAUCACCAACCUCCAGCCAUACAAAAAGCUUGUGGAAGAGGUUGGUCUUGCUACUAACAGAUUGAGUCGUUCUGGUCUGACCACCCGCAAGGGCAAGAGAGACCGUAGAGGCAAGACCCACUCGCCUCAUCGUGCUACACAGCCAAUGAUCCAGCCAUACAUGCAGCCCAACCAGGGCAUGCCUAUGGUCUAUGGAAUGCCCAAGAUGCCAAUGGGUGAGGCCAAUCCAGGAAUGCCACCCAACGGCUACUAUCAGCCCCAGGAUGUGCAUCCAGGCAUGUACAACGGAAGCAACCAGGACAUGGGACCGCUUUACCAGCAGAGACAGCAAUAUGUACAGCAACAGCAGCUUCAGGAUGUGAACGUGAUGCAGCAGCUUGAACAGCUCUCUUUGAGCUCUGCAGCCAUGGGUUACAACUCCAAUCCCGACACCCCCAAAAUCAGCCAUGGCACCCGCUUUGCCUAG